AUGCAGAGCUCAACUCCUAGUAGUCCAAUAAGUCCAAUAGAGGGUAAUCAUAAUAGCAACAGCACUUUUAAAAAAGGUCACAAGAAAAAUAAAAGUAGUAAAAUAGAAUUUAAUUUUGAUCCAGAUGCUUUUGAAGGUUCAACUCGUAUUCUUGAUGUUUUUGAUUUUCCAUCAACUUUCAAGACACAUCAUCUUCAUGAGAUUUUCCAAGAAUAUGAAAACAUGCGUGGAGGCUAUCGUAUCAAAUGGAUGGAAGAUACUCGUGCUUUAAUUAUCUUUGAGCAUCCUGCUACAGCAAGGAAAGCCUAUUUAGAUAAUGUUGCUAAUCAAAUGGCAACAAUUAAACCAUAUGAAGGCCCUACCGAUUUUCUUCAAAAAACCAAGCGUCUUGUUCAUGGUGCAUUAGGUGUCCGUGUUGUUAAAACUCCUGAACAAAAACAAGCAGACAAUUACAUUUUAAGAAUAGCAAAAGAACAAAAAGAACAAAGACGCACGGAAUUAUUAAAACGUUCAAAUGAUUUGGAUAAUGCCUUCAAUGAAUAA